AUGAAAAGUAAAACAUAGCUAAUACUAACAAGUAUUACAAUCAAAAUUCUCUUGUAUGUAUCACAAUAUUUUGUAGAUUAUCUCUUUGAAGAUUAUGAUAAAUCUACUGAGCUCUUUGAGCAAGAAGGUACACAUAGCAUUAUAGUUGAACUUUUGAAAUUUACUGCAAGAUGGGAUUCUCAUUUCUUCAUAAAAAUAGCAUUCAAAGGAUAUGAAUAUGAAAAAAAGCACGCAUUUCUUGAAACUUACCCUAAAUUCCUUAAAUUAAUCUCAUACAUAUCAUAAAAGAUGUUUAACCUUGAUAACUUUGCUUCUAUUCUUUUAGCAGGCUUUAUAUCAAAUUUAAUUUUAAACGCGUUAAGCACUGUUUUGUUAUACAAUAUAACGAGGCUUAAGUUCCCUAAUAUGAGCGAUAAAUUUUGUUAUGCUGUAAUAAUCUUAUUUCAAUUUACUCCAUCUAGCGCUUUCUUUAAUGCAGUCUAUUCUGAAUCUUUGUUUACUUUUGUUAUCUUUUUAUACUUGUUUCUCUUUUACAGGAAAUACUAGACUAUCCCUAAGAACUAAAAAGGUACUCAUCUGUUCACAUCUAUAACCAAUUACUCUUUUUCACUAUUACCUAGUAUUGUAUUGACUUUUUCUGUCUCAGUAAGAUCUAAUGGAAUGAUUUGGGUCGUUGUCGUAGGUUAUCCAAUCCUUGAAGCUUUUAUUUUGAAUUUAAUCAAUUCUGCUAAAGGGAAAUUUGAUUUCAAAGUGCUUUUUAACACAAUUUUUUGGGGUCUACUCAACAUCUUUUUAUGUUUAACACCAUAUAUUAGAGUACUUAUAAGUGCUGGAUCAGUUUACUGCUAGCCAGCAUACUUUGAAGAAAAUCCACCUUGGUGCAAAGGAAUUUUACCUAAUAUAUAUAAUUACAUCUAAGAUAAACAUUGGAAAGUUGGAUUUUUGACUUAUUAUACGCUUAACAGAACAUUUUACAUAAUAUGGGGAUUGUAUACUUUUAUAUUACUAUUUUCUUACAUCAUAAAAUACUUAUACAGCUUAAGACAAAAACCAGAAACCCUAUCCAUCUUCUCAGGUUUCGAUAUGGAAUCAUAAAUGCUAUAUACAAUAAUAUUGUUUUUCAUUUCAGUGUUCUUUGCUCAUGUGUAGUCAAGUACAAGAUUCUUUUCUUCAGAUCCAAGUCUUUAUUGGUUUUUAGCUGAUAUUUUAUUUAAUCAUGAAAAUAAGUCAAAAACUAAUACUAUUUCUAAGAUAUUAACAAUAGCUUACUUAGUCCAUUUCAAUAUUGCUGGAUUCUUCUUAUACUCUAAUUUUUACACUUGGACAUGA